ACCCUGGCAGCCCGGAUGUGUGGAAACCCGAGCCAAGGUUUGAUGGAGGAGGAGGAGGAGCAUUGGCCCUGGCUGUCCCAGGGGAGGUCAUGGAAUUCCUCGACUCUGUGCUGAGAUUGAGGCCUGAUCCCCUGGGAUGCUUUGGAGGAAACACACCAGGUGAUUAAAGGCCCCACCUAGAGGGUCAGCCUUUGGAUUGCAGGAGCUGCCCUGGCCUGAUCCACCCAAUAUGGAGGAAGUGGCUGGGAAUGUCCGAUGUGAACACUUUGAGGCCAACAUGCUUACCCAGAGCUGCUGUCAAAACUGCUUCCACCCUGAGGCGGCCCAUAGAACAAGGCACCAGGAGCUCAGGAGCCCUUCCAGUGCUGAAGCGCCCUACUGCGACCUGCCCCAAUGCCCACCGGCUCCUGAGGACCUACUCAGUGCCUCAACCUCCAGUUGCCAGUCUGUGGCAGACCCAAGCCUCAGACCAGGACCCAAGAGGGGCCCAUCCCCAUCAGCAGGGCUCCCUGAAGACAGCCUCACAGCGGCCCCCAGGAGGAGCUGGGAGCUCGAGGCAGUGCCCUAUUUGGAGGGCCUGAACUCCUCCCCAUGUGGCAGCUGCAACGAGGGCCCCAACUCUGACACCAGCUCCAGCCCUGACUGUGACACCCCUGAUGGUACCAGCGACUCAUCCUCUGUGGACCAGGACACUGUCAAGAGGCAGAAGGAGGCCCCCAGCUGGGACAAGUUCACCGUCAUGAUCCCACGAAGGCCCCAGGAGGGGCCCAAAUCUGACAGUGCCCAAAGGGCUCCAUCUCUCCCCACCAAGUCCCCUGUGGGAGGAGACACUACAGGCCAGAGAAAGGAGGACACCGGCAGUGGGAGCCGGAGUGCAGGACAGCACUGGGCAAAGCUCCGUGGAGAAAGUGGGUACUUCUCUUGGGAGCAGCAGAGGGCAGCACUGACACAGGCUUCCUCCAUGGCACCACAGAGUGGGCCUCGAGAUGCCACCUCCCAGGCUUCCUCUGCCCAGAGGGACAUAGCCCAGCCUACUUCAGCACAACGCAGUACCCCCCAAGCCUCCUCUCCUUCCCGAAUUACCCAGAGGGACAACCCCAGGACAUCAUCCACCCAACAGGACACCCCCAGGUCUACUCAAUACGUUCACAGGGCUUCCUCUCCUUCAAGAAUCACCCAAUGGGAUAACCCCCAAACCUUGUCCACCCGACAAAAUCCUCAACUUUCCUCUCCCUCUAAAACCACACAGCAAGACAACCCCAGAACCUCUUCUACCCAACAGGACAACCCCCAAACUUUUUCUACCUCUAUUCCCCAACGGGAAAACCCCAGAGCAUCCUGUGCCCAAUGGGACAAUCCUAGAGUCUCCUCUCCCAACAGAACCACCGAAUGGGACAACUCCAGAAUUUCUUGUGUCCAAUGGGACAAUCCCAGAGUCUCCUCUCCCAACAGAACUACCCAAAGGGACAACUCCAGAACUUCUUGUGCCCAAUGGGACAAUCCCAGAUCCUCUUCCCCCAACAGAACCACCCAACGGGACAACUCCAGAACAUCUUGUGCCCAACAGGACAAGUCCAGAUCCUCAUCUCCCAACAGAAUCACCCAAAGGGACAACUCCAGAACUUCUUGUGCCCAACGAGACAAUCCUAGAUCCUCUUCUCCCAACAGAACCACCCAAAGGCACAACUCCAGAACGUCUUGUACCCAACAGGACAAUCCCAGAGUCUCCUCUCCCAACAGAACCACCCAAAGGGACAACUCCAGAACUUCUUGUGCCCAACGGGACAAUCCCAGAUCCUCUUCCCCCAACAGAACCACCCAACGGGACAACUCCAGAACAUCUUGUGCCCAACAGGACAAGUCCAGAUCCUCAUCUCCCAACAGAACCACCCAACGGGACAACUCCAGAACAUCUUAUGCCCAACAGGACAAGUCCAGAUCCUCAUCUCCCAAUAGAACCACCCAAAGGGACAACUCCAGAACUUCUUGUGCCCAACAGGACAAUCCCAGAUCCUUUUCUCUCAACAGAACCACACAACGGGACAACUCCAGAACAUCUUGUGCCCAACAGGACAAGUCCAGAUCCUCAUCUCCCAACAGAACCACCCAACAGGACAACUCCAGAACAUCUUAUGCCCAACAGGACAAGUCCAGAUCCUCAUCUCCCAACAGAAUCACCCAAAGGGACAACUCCAGAACUUGUGCCCAACGAGACAAUCCUAGAUCCUCUUCCCCCAACAGAACCACCCAACGGGACAACUCCAGAACAUCUUGUGCCCAACAGGACAAGUCCAGAUCCUCAUCUCCCAACAGAACCACCCAAAGGGACAACUCCAGAACUUGUGCACAACGAGACAAUCCUAGAUCCUCUUCCCCCAACAGAACCACCCAAAGGGACAACUCCAGAACAUCUUGUGCCCAACAGGACAAGUCCAGAUCCUCAUCUCCCAACAGAAUCACCCAAAGGGACAACUCCAGAACUUCUUGUGCCCAACGAGACAAUCCUAGAUCCUCUUCUCCCAACAGAACCACCCAAAGGCACAACUCCAGAACAUCUUGUACCCAACAGGACAAUCCCAGAGUCUCCUCUCCCAACAGAACCACCCAAAGGGACAACUCUAGAACUUCUUGUGCCCAACGGGACAAUCCCAGAUCCUCUUCCCCCAACAGAACCACCCAACAGGACAACUCCAGAAUUUUUUGUGCCCAACGGGACAAUCCCAGAUCCUCUUCUCCCAACAGAACCAUCCAACAGGAAAACCCCAGAACAUCUUAUGCCCAACUGGACAAUCCCAGAUCCUCCUCCCUUAGCAGAACUGCUCAACGGCAGAACUCCAGAACUUCUUGUACCCAACAGAACACCCCCAGAUCCUCUUCUACCCAACAAGACAACCCUAAACCCUCUUAUACCAAAUGGGAUAACCUUAGAACUGCUUAUACUCAACGGGACAACCCACAUUCCUCUUCCUUUCAACAGGACAACCCUAGAACCUCCUCCCCUCAAUGCUGCACCCAAAAAGACAAUCCCAGACCAUCAUCUCCCCACCGCUCUGCUCAACGGAACAAUGCCAGGCAUUCCUCUCCGCAUCGUACCAACAAAGACAUCCCCUGGGCCUCCUUUCCCCUCCGGCCAACUCAGAGUGAGGGAACCCGAAUCUCUUCCCCAUCUCGCUCUAAGCAAAGUGAGGUUCCUUGGGCAUCCAUUGCCCUCCGGCCAACCCAUGGUGACAGGUCUCAGACCUCAUCUCCCACUAGACCAGCCCUGCAUGACCCACCCCGGUCCUCUGGCCCAACCCGGCAAAACUCACUGUCCCCAGCCACCUUUUCCUCCCACAAUCCAGGCCAGCAGAGUGUCUCCCCAACUUCCUUGCCUCUGCACCCCACUCCCCGGGCUGCUCCCCAGACCUCUCCUGAGCCCUCCCAGCUUUCAUGUGCUGUGUGCAUUGGGCACCGGGAUGCCCCUCGAGCCUCUUCGCCUCCUCGUUAUUUGCAGCAUGACCCCUUCCCCUUCUUCCCAGACCCCCAUAUACCUGAGAGUGAAUCGCCCCACCACGAUCCCCCCUAUAUACCACCUGCUGUGUGCAUUGGGCACCGAGAUGCCCCCAGGGCAUCCUCGCCGCCCCGCCACACCCAGUUUGACCCUUUCCCCUUUCUUCCAGACACAUCAGAUGCCUCUGAGAACCAGUCCCCCCAGCAUGAACCUCCCCAGUUCCCUCCACCUGUUUGCAUUGGGUACCGAGAUGCACCUCGGGCCUCCUCACCACCGCGCCAGGCCCCAGAGCCCUCUCUCUUGUUCCAGGACCUCCCCAGGGCCAGCACUGAGAGUCUGGUCCCUUCCGUGGACUCUCUGCACGAGCCCCCCCACAUUCCCACCCCUGUGUGUAUUGGACACCGGGAUGCACCCUCCUUCUCGUCCCCACCACGACAGCCUCCUGAGCCCUCCCUCUUCUUCCAGGACCCCCCUGGGACUAGCAUGGAGAGCCUGGCCCCCUCCACGGAUUCUCUGCAUGGCUCCCCAGUGCUGAUCCCCCAAGUGUGCAUUGGGCACCGGGACGCACCUCGAGCCUCCUCCCUGCCCCGCCACCCACCCAGUGACCUAGGGCUCCUGGCACCCUCACCUCCACCAGGCAGCUUGGGGGGCUCCCGGGGCUCAGCGCCUCCUGGAGACACCAGGCACAACUUGGAGAGGGAGGAGUACACCAUGCUGGCUGACCUGCCACCACCCAGGAGGCUGGCCCAGAGGGAGCCAGGGCCCCAGGCUCAGUGCAGCAAUGGAGGCCGCACCCGCAGCCCUGGCCGCGCAGAGGUGGAGCGCCUCUUCGGGCAAGAGCGCAGGAAGUCCGAGGCACCAGGGACCUUCCAGGCCCGGGAAGAGGGACGGUUGCAGCAGCCCAGUCAAGGUCAGAGCCAAGUUCUCCGAAGACAGUCCAGCCCUGCCCCCAGCAGGCAGGUGACCAAGCCCCCUGCCAAACAGGCAGAACCAGCCCGGCAGAGCCAAGCGGAGCCCCCUCAUUCCAGGAGUCCUGAGAGGCAGCUCCAGUGGUCCUCCCUAUCUCCCAGAACAUCAGCUAGGACCCCUGAGAGGGAGCUGCGGACAGAGAGACCUCCAGAGAGUGGCCGAGCAGGCCGGAGACAGCCUCUGGGGGAGUGGCAGAGUCAGGAGGAACCACCAGGGUCCCAGUGCCCUCACAGGCCCCAGGAGAGGAGCUGGAGCAGCCAGGAGGAGGGCCCGGACCCUGGGGGCUGGCAAAGAUAUGGGGAGCCCAGCCUGGGGGCUGCCAGAGCCCAGGAGGAAGCAUGGAAGGGCCCUCCCAGGGAGUACAGGGCGAGCUGGGGACAGUCAGAGGGCUGGGGGGACCUCCCCAGGAAGCCGGCCCAGAGGGUUUGGGGCAGCCUGCAGGAACUGUCGAGUCCCCACCAGCCUAUGAGCCCCACGGAGAGCUCCUGGGCAGGCCCACCUGAGUUCUCAAACCCCUGGCAGCCUGAGACACCCACUGGCCCUGAGAGGCACCCCGAGCUUGACUGGACUGACUUACUGGGCUUUCUCCGGGCACCUGGGGAAGGCUCCUGGGCCCGUCUCCCGAGGCUGGACUGGCAGGGCCUGCUGGAGCUCCUGCAGGCCCAGCUGCCCCGCAAGGACCCAGCCGGACACUGGGGUGACCUGGCCAAGGCUUCAGGGCCAGAGCCAGGUCCCCCAGACACAAAGGAAGUCCUGGAGCAAAAGCAACACAGCCAGCCUUCAGGCUGGGCCGAAGCUACCCCAGUCAAUGGACACGGCCCUGGGCAGUGGCCCCAGAGCCCAGCUGAGCCGCCCAGCCCUGCCCACACCUCCACCCAGUGGCCAAAGACCAAAGUGACAAGUGGACCAGAGACCUCCACUAUGGCUGGCCUGGAGCAGAUGGGCCAGCUAGCGAGCAGAAGCCCCAGCUUGCCAGAGCUAGAGUUCCAAACAGAGGAGCCUGAGGAGUCAGAACCAAGCAGAGGCCCAGACUCCCUGACUGACCAGACGCGGGCAGACUCGGCAGACAAGAGGCCAGCAGAGGGCAAGGCUGGGAGCCCAUUCAAGGGCCGACUGGUGACCUCAUGGCGGAUGCCCGGGGACCGGCCCACGCUGUUCAAUCCGUUCCUGCUGUCUCUGGGGGUCCUCAGGUGGCGAAGGCCUGAUCUGCUCAACUUCAAGAAGGGAUGGAUGUCAAUCUUGGACGAGCCUGGAGAACCCUCCUCCCCCCCACUCAUCAGCACCUCUGCUUUGCAGUGGAAGAAGCAUUGGUUUGUGCUGACAGAUUCAAGCCUCAAGUAUUACAGAGACUCCCCCGCAGAGGAGGCAGAUGAGCUGGAUGGUGAGAUCGACCUGCGUUCCUGCACAGACGUCACUGAGUACGCGGUGCAGCGCAACUAUGGCUUCCAGAUCCACACCAAGGAUGCUGUCUAUACCUUGUCGGCCAUGACCUCAGGCAUCCGACGGAACUGGAUUGAGGCUCUGAGGAAGACUGUGCGUCCAGCUUCAGCCCCAGAUGUCACCAAGCUCUCGGACUGUAAUAAGGAGAACACACUGCACAGCUACAGCACCCAGAAGGGCUCCCUGAAGCCAGGGGAGCAGCGGGUGUGCUCUGAGGUCAUUGGCCGGGGUGGCCCUCGGAAGGCAGAUGGGCAGCGGCAGUCCUUGGACUACGUGGAGCUCUCCCCGCUGACCCAGAGCUCCCCACAGCGGGCCCGCACUCCAGCCCGCGCUCCUGACCGCCCGGCCAAGCAGGAGGAGCUAGAGCGGGACCUGGCCCAGCGCUCUGAGGAGCGACGCAAGUGGUUUGAGGCCACAGACAGUCGGGCCCCGGAGGUGCCAGCUGGUGAGGGGCCACGCCGAGGCCUGGGCGCCCCUCUCACCGAGGACCAGCAGAGCCGGCUCAGCGAGGAGAUUGAGAAGAAGUGGCAGGAGCUAGAGAAGCUGCCCCUGCGGGAGAACAAGCGGGUGCCACUCACUGCCCUGCUCAACCAAAGCCGUGGGGAGCGCCGGGGGCCCUCGAGCGACAGCCACGAGGCACUGGAGAAGGAGGUGCAGUCUCUUCGGGCCCAGCUGGAGGCCUGGCGUCUCCGCGGGGAGGCUCCUCAGAGCUCACCUAGAACCCUGGAGGAUGGCCAUAUCCCACCAGGCUACAUCUCGCAGGAGGCGUGUGAGCGCAGCCUGGCAGAGAUGGAGUCCUCACACCAGCAGGUCAUGGAGGAGCUGCAGCGGCACCAUGAGCGGGAGCUGCAGCGGCUACAGCAGGAAAAGGAGUGGCUCCUAGCUGAGGAGACAGCGGCCACAGCCUCAGCCAUUGAAGCCAUGAAGAAGGCCUACCAGGAAGAGCUGACCCGGGAGCUGAACAAAACACGGAGUCUCCAGCAGGGCCCUGAUGGCCUUCGGAAGCAGCACCAGUCAGAUGUAGAGGCUCUGAAGCGGGAGCUGCAGGUGCUAUCAGAGCAGUACUCCCAAAAGUGCCUGGAGAUUGGGGCCCUGACGCGGCAGGCUGAGGAGCGUGAGCACACACUGCGGCGUUGCCAGCAGGAGGGCCAGGAGCUGCUGCGCCACAAUCAGGAGCUGCACUCCCACCUGUCAGAGGAGAUCGACCGGCUACGCAGUUUCAUCGCUUCACAGGGCACAGGCAAUGGCUGUGGGCGCAGCAAUGAGCGGAGCUCCUGCGAGCUGGAGGUGCUGCUGCGAGUGAAGGAGAAUGAACUUCAGUACCUGAAGAAGGAGGUCCAGUGCCUCCGGGACGAGCUCCAGACAAUGCAGAAGGACAAGCGCUUUGCCUCGGGAAAGUACCAGGAUGUCUAUGUGGAGCUGAACCACAUCAAGACUCGCUCAGAGAGGGAGAUUGAGCAGCUGAAGGAGCAUCUACGCCUCGCCAUGGCCGCCCUGCAGGAGAAGGAGUCAAUACGCAACAGCCUGGCCGAGUAGAGUCUUCGUGGUCCGCCCAGCUGCAUACCCUGCAGCCUGAGAGGACCAGCCACCCUCCUUCCCUGCUGGAGGGAAGUCAGAAGCCAAGCUUUCUUCCCACCCUCUGUGGGCCACACAUUCACUUGCACCCUACACACACACACCCACACGUACGUACGUAUGUACAUAUGCACACACACACUCUGCGUAUCUGAGCGUGCCCCUCGCACUGGGUCUUACCUUGCACCUUCUUCAGGAUUUUAUAUGUGAAGAGAUUUUUAUAUAGAUUGUUUCCUUCCUCCUCAAAAGAACACUUUGUACUUUUAAAAAAAAAACAAUUCCUAGUGGCUGUAUGCCUCCAACCCUGGCUCCCACUCUGUCUUCAGCCACUCCGUGCUUGGGUUUUAGGGCUCUGACCCGGCCCCAAGGGUCUAGCCAAGACCCAGGCAGCGGCCAGGGUGAAUUGUCUCUGGUGGGGAGAGACAGGGAGCCAGCCACCCUCUCCCCACCCUACCUCCUACUAACACUUCCUGCCCUGAAUAGACUCAUACCCGGGGACUCUGGACAGAGCCAGCAGCUAUACCCAAGGCCCCCCCUCUUCUGAGAAAGAGGUGCUGGGCAUGCAACUGUUGGGGCGACCCAUGAAGGCAUUUCUCUCCUGUCCUAUGAACCUUCUUAACUUAAUAAAAUGUUCCAGCAGCUCUGGUG